GCAAGCGUCGUCAGGCAGGCCGGGUCAAUAUCAAUUGGGCAGGUAGGUACAGGGGGAGCAAGCAGAGAAUGGUCGGGGUCACAGGCCAGGUUCAGCAGGUAGCAAGCAGCGUAGUACAGAGGGUCAAGCAGAGGGAUGGUCAGGAAUCAGACAGGAACAGAGAGCAGGAACAGGAUACAGGGCCCAAGAGAAACACAACACCAAGGCAGAGUCUGUGGGUCUGGCCAUCCCUUAAAUACCCCAGCAUCAUCAGUUCCAGGUGUUAGCUGGCUGAAAGGUUGAGUCUCUGAUUGCUGGGGAGCACCCGCUGGCCAGCCCUGGUACUGCAGAUCAAAAGGCAGGUGAGUCCCACCAUUGCUGGCCAGUCCAUUCCUAACAUAUUGUUU